AUGGCCGCCACCGGACCUUCCCUCCUGGCGCUGCCCGACGAGAUUAUCACUGGCGUCUUCUUCCUCCUCGAACCCGAAGCCCUCAACGCCAUUCAAUUGACCUCGAAACGCCUCUACUCCCUGGCGCAAGAGCCACUGCUGUGGCGCUACAAUUGCCGCAUCCACUACAAGUACUGGCACCCCCAGCACAACAUCUACGCAAAGUUCGCCCAGCCCGUCGCAAAUGUCCACUGGAAAGAUGUCUUCCUGGCCCGUAAACGCCUCGACCAUGCCGUGCGCUCCGGCAUGGACGCCAUCGCCGCCCAGCAGCAAGGUCGCGCGCGCCGCAUGGAGCAUAUUGCCGAGAAGGGCUACGACGUGAAAGACGAGCUGCUACGCCAGCGCAACAUUGCCGACGACGAGGCAGAGGACGCGCUGGCGCGCCGGUACUGGAGCGGCGCCAUGCUGACGACGAUACACCGGAGCGUGGCCAUGGAAGAGUGGGAGCAGCUGCGCAGUGGCAAGACGGCGUCGCUGGAGCGAGCGCUGGGGGCGUACGACAUGUUCGUAUGGGACCGGGCGGACGGUGACGGCGACAUAGAAGCAAUGGCGGCGCGACUGGACGGGCUGGCAGCGCGCUUCACGGCGCAGCACCCCAGGUUCGCGGCGUACACGACGCGACGGUUGAGCCUCCUGAUUGUCGAAUUCCUGCGCGGCUCGGGCUUCCUCGGCGUGUCGAAUGAACGGUACGGGCUGCUGCCCCACAGCUUCAUCGGCAUGGCGCUGGAGGACAAGCAGCACGAGGCGCUGCCGCUGAUCAACGUAGCUAUCUUCUGCGCCGUCGCGCAACGGCUUGGCCUGGACGCCAAGGCGUGCGGCUACCCGUACCACGUUUAUGCCAUCGUGACGGCGCCGCCGGGCCGCAUGCUCGAUGGGGGCGCGCUCGAGCCCGGCGCUCCGGCACAGUCCAUGUACCUCGACCCCUUCCGCUCGGCAGAAGAGACGCCGCGGACGGACCUGGAGAGCCAGCUGCGCAGCAUCGGUGCUUCAGCCGACACGCAUGCGCUGUAUCUGACUGCGGCCGACCCGGUCGAGAUGGUGCUGCGGACCGCGCGCAACAUCCGGCGCGCCGUCGACGCCAUGCGCCAGGGCCGCCGCCUCGUGUACAUUGACAACCGCUUCUCCGGCUCCAACAUCAACAUCCACAGCGCAUUGCAUGCGUCCAUCUGGGCGUGGUUGUACCUCGACCGCGAGGACAACGUCACGGGCAACUUUCACGCCGUGCAGGCCGUCAUCCACCGGCGGCGCGUGCUCAUCACCAACCUGCUCGAGCAGCUCCAGUUACACUUCCCGUGGGAGAUGUGGCUGCUGGAAAAGUAUGUCAUGCCGCUGUUCCGCGACCUGCCCGAGAUGCGCGACCUGCUGGAGAUCAUUCAUGAGAGCUACGAGGAAGACCGCGUCGCGCGCGCGCCCAAGCGCCGCGCCGACGACGUCAACCGCCUCGUCAAGUUCCGCGUCGGCCAGGUCUUCCUGCACAAGCGCUACGGCUACUAUGCCGUCAUCAUCGGCUGGGACCACAAGUGCCGCGCCGCCGACGAGUGGAUCGCCCAGAUGGACAUAGACCGGCUGCCGGGCGGCCGCAACCAGAGCUUCUACAAAGUCUUAGUCGAGGACUCCAGCAACCGCUACGUCGCCGAGUCCAACAUCCUCAUCACGCAGGACCCGCCGCCCACGGCCCUGCUCCACCGCCUCGCAGGCCGCUACUUUAAGCGUUGGGAUGCAGCCGCCGGCCAGUUCGUCAGCAACCUGCGCGACGAGUAUCCCGACGACUGA